UCGCUGAAAGCUAAGUUCAGUUCCUUCAAGACUGUCACAGAUGCCCAGAUUGUACAACUCGAAGGGGACAAGAGAAGUCUUAUCAACCAGAGCGAAAAAGCCAAGGCGGAGCUGGAUAUAUCGCAAGCUAUGGUGAAGACCCUGGAGCAGCGUCUUGGACAGUUGCAUGGAGAGUUCGACGAGCUGAAGACAGCAUCCGAACGUAACGCGAUUGAACUCAAAGCUGCGCUGACAAACUGCCAAAACGUUGCCAACAAUCUUGAGAAAUGCAAGGACGAAUUGACGAAGGAAGUGGAGACGUACAAGAUCGAGUCCAACGCCCUCCAAGAAGAACUGCUGCUUCUGAAAACCAACAACACCAGUGUUGAUCAACUAGUCAACAGGAGCACAACUCAUCCUCGGAGGUACCUCUUCCGAACGCCUCGCAAACGCAAGACCAGGGCCAGGGCACUGAGUCACCGGAUAAGUCGGACAUGCCUACCACAAGUGAUGAAGCGUGAUACACGGUACAAGGCUACUGAUCUUGAGAACAGCACCUCAAGCCUGGGCGACGAAGGCGACGACGUUCAAGGAUACGACAACGAAUACAUUCAUGAUAGCGAGGGUGGGAAGUUGAAUAGCCUUGGCAAUGGUGAACCAUACCCAAGUAACAGGUGGAACCGCAGUGUGCAACGGAGAAGGCUAGAGAUGGCAAUAUAUGUGAUUCACGUCGGUCGGCAGACUGGACUGAGUGAGAGGCCACGUACCCAAUUUUUGUUAUGGCCUCAGAUGGCCAAUCCUCCCAAAAAGCCCAGCCAACAUACCCCAUUCACUGCUACAUCAAAGCUAACGCUUCCGGCGUCCACAGGGCAUCCCUUGUUGGACACCAGGCGGGAUACUGAUUGA